AUGAAAAUUGAAAUACUCCUAAUUUCUUUACUUCUAGCCUAGAAUGUAAUUGCUGAUCCUAAGCCUGGAAAACCAGUAACUUGUGAUAAAAGCUAAACAGAUUGUAGUAAAUGUCCUGUAAUGUAUCAAUUUAAUUGGAUAUAUGACUAGACAACUUAGAAGUGCCAUAUUGAAGAUUGUAAUGCUUCAACUAUUAUCAAUUUCAGUGAUUAAUAUUGCCUUAGCUGUUAAUCAGAUUAUUCUAAUACCUAUUUUAAUGGGUCAGCUUGUGUGAAAAGUUCUGAUUCCUGCUUUUCAAGAUCAUUACCUUGGACAGACUCAGAUUGCUAAGCAUGUAAGUAAGGAAAAUAUGCUAUUUUUAAUGGGUAAGUGUGUUCUUAGUAUUAAUGCAAUUAAAAGACUUGGACAGAUUAAGACUGUUAAAAGUGUAACCCUUCCUACGUUGCUUCACCUGAUUAAACUAAAUGUGUUAACACUAAUGGAGUAUCAUGCACAUAAAUAAAGCAAGGAUAAAUUAUUUCUGAUUAAUUUUGCUAAGCUUGCUAUUAACAAAACUAUUACGCAGAUGUUAAUUUAGAAAAAUGUGUAUAAUCAUCAGAUACUUGCGGAUUAUAUCAGAAUCCUAAUGGAAACUAAUAUUAUAUAAAUAAAUAUAAUAACAGUUACUAAAGAAAAACUCCAUAUACAGAUGAUGACUGCAAAAUAUGUAAUUCAUAAUAUGCUCUUCCUGAUCAAUCUGGAUGCUUUUCUUGUAAGCUUGUAGAAUAAUAUAGCUUAUACUCAGAUUAACUAUGCUAAAAAUGUUUUGGUACUAGCUACUUUGCAAUUAUCGAUGGCUCAUCCUGUGUUUAAUCUUCUGAUACUUGUGGUAAAAAUUAUCCAUAUUAUGGUACAAAAAAUUACUAUAGAACAUUAUCUUGGACAGAUAAUGAUUGUGUGCUAUGCAAAUAAGGAUAAUAUGCCUAUUAACAUUAAAAUGGAUGCUUUACUUGCCCUAGUUCGAAUUCAACAAGUGUAAUAAUAUAAUUUAACGAUGAAAUUUGCUAAAAGUGUUUUGGAAAAUAAUAUUUUGCAGCAUUAGAUGGGUAUUCUUGUGUUUAGUCAAGUGACAGUUGUAAUAGAGGUCCAUUAAAAAGAUUUAAACCUUGGACAGACAAUGAUUGCUAAUUAUGUAAAGCUGGAUAAUAUGCAUCUUUCUAACAAAAUUAAUGCUUCACUUGUUAAUCAAGCAAUUUAACUUACAAUUAGUAGUAAAACUAUAAUGAUGAAAUCUGUUAAAAAUGCUAUGGAUAAGGUUAUUUUGCAACAAUAGAUGGAUAAAAUUGUGUUCAAUCAUAAUUUACCUGUGGUAAAAAUAGUCCAAGAUUUACUGAUUGGACAGAUAGCGACUGUUAAUUGUGUAAAGCAGGUUAAUAUGCUUAUAAACACCAAAGUGGGUGUUUUUUUUGUACAUAAUACUCCUAAAAUGAUGAAGUUUGCUAAAAAUGUGUAGGAUAAGAAUAUUUUGCAGCUAAUGAUGGAUAAUGCGUUUAAUCUUAAGAUACUUGCGGAAAUAAUUUUUAAAAUUAAAGAUUAACCCCAUGGACAGAUAAAGAUUGUUAAUUAUGCAAAAAUGGUUAAUAUGCUUAUGCUAAAUAGUAUGGUUGCUUUAAUUGCCAACCAUACAAUAUAUACAAUAAGCUUUUUAAUGGCUUUAAUGAUGAAAUUUGUAUUAAGUGCUUUGGAUAAGGCCACUUUGCCGCUUUUGAUAAAUAAUCUUGUGUUUAAUCAUCUGAUUCUUGUGAGGCUGUUAUGCCUAACUUAGGUUCAAUUUCUUAUCAAAAUGUAAGAUUGAGUCCUUGGUCUGAUUAAGAUUGCCAAUUGUGUAAAGCAGGCUAAUUAGCUCUUCCUGACAAAUUAGGAUGUUAUUCAUGUCCUAGCUCAUAUUAAGGUUAAUAUUUAAAUGAUCUCAUAUGCUAGCUUUGUUUUGGAUCAGGUUAUUAUGCAACUUUAAAUGGAUCAUAAUGUGUUUAAUCUUCUGAUACUUGUGGAAGAAAUUUAUUUUAAGGUAAUCAAAAUUAAUUUCCUAGUAUUCCUAAUAGAUAAAGUCCAUGGACAGAUUAAGAUUGCCAGCUAUGCCAAGUUGGUCAAUAUGCUACUCUUGAUAAAACUUCUUGUUUUACUUGCAAUUAUCAAACUAGUACUUCCGUUUAUCCAGUUUAUCCAAAGCAAUAUUAACUAUCAGAUUAUAUAUGCUAAAUUUGUGUAGGUUAAGGUUAUUUUUUAUCUGCUACAGGAAUUUGCGUUCAUUCCUCAGAUACUUGCGGAGUAUAUUUAACAGCUAAUAAUGUGGAUAUUAAAAAUGUUAAUUUUAAUUUCUAAAAACAAAAAUUUAUUUACCCUUUAGCAUAAAGAAAUACUGCUUGGACUGACUAAGAUUGCUUUUUAUGCUAAACUGGUUAUUAUGCAAACUAUGACAAAUCGUUUUGUUCACCAAUAUAAUGCAACAAUUAAAAAAAUUGGACAGAUAGUUUGUGUUAAUAAUGUGGUAUUAGUUAUUCAAAAAAUAAUAGUACUCUAGUUAUUAGUUAUUAUGCUUCGAUAGACAAAACCCAGUGUGUUUAAACUCAUCAAUCUUGCAGCAAUUCUACAAAUGUUGAUGAUUUGUUUUGCUAAACUUGCUAUAAAAAUCCCAAAAUGUUUGCAUCUUUAGAUGGACAAGAAUGCCUUUAGUUGUAAGACUCUUGUGAUUCUAAAAUUAGAAAAGCUUUGUGGACAGAUAGUGAUUGCCAAAAAUGUAAGAAAGGAAAAUAUGCUACUUUUGAUAAAAAAAGCUGUGCAAAAACAGCCAACUGCUCAUCUUAAAAAUCUCCAUUUUCUGAUGAUUUUUGUUAGCAAUGCAGUGAGGGAGAAUAAUAUGCUUCUAAAGAUGGGUUACACUGUCUGAGCAUUAACCAUUCAUGUACUUACACAGGUAGUUGGAGUGAGAAAGAUUGCCUGUAGUGUUUCAAUAACAAAAAGCAUGUUAAUAUUGAAGGUACAGCUUGUGUACAGAGUCAAGAUAGCUGCGUUAAUAGAAACAGUGCAUGGACAAAUCAAGAUUGUAAGCUUUGUUACCCCUAGAAGAAUAUAUAAACUAAUUUAUUUGGAACUGAGUGUAUUGAUAUUGACUGUAAAAAAACUUCUGGAUGGACUGAUUAUGAUUGUUAUAAGUGUGACCCUUUAAAACCAUUUGCUUCAAGUAACUAAAAUUCUUGCUCAUAGCAAAAAUGA